AUGGAGGUGGGCUCUGCACAUUUGCCCGAGGCAGAGCAUCGGAGAAGGAGGAAUCUGGGCCUCUGCUCCUAUGGUGGAGAAAGGGGUCAUUUCUCCCUGACCUGCCCUCUAUCCACUAAUAGGCGAGGAGGUGACAAGCCAGGGUAUCCCCUGCUCCAACCCAGGCAGAGGAGAAGCAGAAAGAGGAGACCCCCAUCCUCCCUCCGUUCCGUAUCAUCGCGCCAGUGGUGUGGGACGUGUACGCCGACAUACAGCAGGCCCUGCGUACGGAACCCGCACCUGCACAGUGCCCGGAGAACCGCGCCUACGUGCCCACGGGUGUGCGGGACCGCCUCCUUUCCUGGGCGCACACGGCGCCUGUGUCGGGUCAUCCUGGGAUACGCCGUACCAUCGCCUGCCUGACUGAGAAGUACUAGUGGCCCACCUUGGCUAGGGACGUCCGGAUUUACAUCUAUUCCUGCUCCAUCUGUGCCCAGUCUAAGACACCCAGACAUCUCCAUUAUGGAAAGCUCCUUCCCCUGCCGGUUCCACAAUGACCCUGGUCUCACCUCUCGGUGGACUUUGUCACUGACCUUCCCCCCUCCCAGGGGAACACCACCGUUCUCGUCGUUGUGGACCGGUUUUCCAAAGCUUGUCUCCUCCUUCCUCUGCCUGGGUACCCGUCGGCCAUGCAAACCGCGGAGGCUCUUUUUACACACGUCUUCCGGCACUACGGGAUCCCGGAGGACAUUGUGUCAGACUGUGGUCCUCAGUUCACAUCACGCGCAUGGAAAGCGUUCAUGGAACGUCUGGGGGUCACGGUCAGUCUCACCUCCGGGUACCGUCCUCAAGAUAAUGGGCAGGUGGAGAGGGUCAAUCAGGAAGUGGGCAGGUUCCUGAGGUGUUACUGUCAGGACCGCCUGGGGGUGUGGGCGGAUUUUCCACCUUGGGCUGAGUACGCGGAGAAUUCACUCCGCCACUCCUCCAGUCUAUGUUGGGGUAUCAGCCGGCCCUGGCACCUUGGCAUCCGAGCCAGACCAAGGCCCCUGCGGUGGACGAGUGGUUUCGGCACGCUGAGGAGAUCUGGAACGCUGCGCACACUUGUCUCCAGCGGGCCGUGCGUUGGCACAAGGAACUGGCCAACCGCCACCACAGUGAGGCGCCUGUUUUCUCUUCAGGCAACCGGGUCUGACUCUCCACCCGGAACCUGCCCCUCCGCUUGCCCUGCCGGAAGCUGAGCCUGCGGUUUAAAGUCCUGAGGAGGGUUAAUUAGGUAACGUACCGUUUGCAACUCCCUGCUGAUUACCGCAUGAACCCGACUUUUCAUGUGUCUCUCCUCAGGCCAGUGGUGCCUGGUCCCCUCGCUGAGGCUGGUCCCAGUGACGCCCCGCCUCCUCCUCUGGACAUCUAGGGAGGUCUGGCGUACUCGGUCCGUGAAGUCCUGGAUUCGAGGCGUCGGGCGGGGCGUCUCCAGUACCUCAUCGACUGGGAAGGGUACGACCCAGAGGAGCGUUACUGGGUUCCUGCGGUGGACAUCCUGGAUGCUUCGAUGACCAGGAAUUUUCACCGUCGGCACCCUGACCGAUCCACACCGCGUUCCUGUGGUCGUCCCGGAGGCCGGUGUCAUCCCACUGCUAGUGCAGCGCGUCGGGGGGGGGGGGGGGGGGGGUAUUGUCACGGAUCCCCCCGGUACUGCUGCUCAUUCCGUUCACCAGCUCCGGAGGUUUAUGUCACUGGCCUUAUAGGCAUCACUGAUCUGGUUCAUUACCACCAACCCCGGACUGUCUUGUCUCAUUACGCACUCCUGGUUACCAUUCCCCCUGAUUAAUAUGUGCUCUCUGUUCCCCAUUGUCCUGGUCGAUUAUUGUCCCAUGUCCGUUGGUCUUGUGAGUACCGUGUAUUGUGCUCUUGUUAUUACCGGUCUCGUCCCAUGUAUUGUUUAGAGGUUUACACCUCGCUCUUUUGUUUGGGUUACAUCCCUGAGUUAUAUAUAUAUAUAUAUAUAUAUAUAUAUAUAUAUAUAUAUAUAUAUAUAUAUAUAUAUAUAUACGUGUUUGUUUUGGGCUUCGUCCCCGUCGUACCUUGUCUUGGGUGGAGAAAAUAAAACCCCUUUACGUAUUCCUGCCCCUGUCUUCAAAUCCUUAUACAACGUGACAGAAGAACCUUUGGCAGCGAUUACAGCCUUGAGUCUUUUGGGGUAUGACGCUACAAGCUUGGCACAGCUGUAUUUGGGGAGUUUCUCCAAUUCUUCUCUGCAGAUCCUCUCAAGCUCUGUCAGUUUGGAUGGGGAGCUUCGCUGCACAGCUAUUUUCAGGUCUCUCCAGGGAUGUUCGAUCGGGUUCAAGUCCAGGCUCUGACUGGGCCACUCAAGGACAUUCAGAGACUUGUCCCAAAGCAUCUCCUGUGUUGUCUUGGCUGUGUGCUUAGAGUCGUUGUCCUGUUGGAAGGUGGACCUUCGCCCCAGUCUGAGGUCCUGAGCGCUCUGGAGCAGGUUUUCAUCAAGGAUCGCUCAGUACAUUGCUCCAUUCAUCUUUCCCUCGAUCCUGACUAGCCUCCCAGUCCCUGCCGCUGAAAAACAUCCCCUCAGCAUGAUGUUGCCACCGCCAUGCUUCCCCGUAGGGAUGGUGCCAUGUUUCCUCCAGACGUGACGCUUGGCAUUCAGGCCAAAGAGUUCAAUCUUGUUUUCAUCAGACCAGAGAAUCUUGCUUCUCAUGGUCUGAGAGUCCUUUAGGUGCCUUUUGUCAAACUCCAAGCGGGCUGAUAUGUGCCUUUUACUGAGGAGUGGCUUCCGUCUGGCCACUCUACCAUAAAGGACUGAUUGGUGGAGUGCUGCAGAGAUGGUUGUCCUUCUGGAAGGUUCUCCCAUCUCGACAUAGGAACUCUGGAGCUCUAUCAGAGUGACCAUCGGGUUCUUGGUCACCUCCCUGACAAAGGCCCUUCUCCCCCGAUUGCUCAGUUUGGCCGGGAGGCCAUUUCUAGGAAGCGUCUUGGUGGUUGUAAACUUCUUCCAUUUAAGAAUGAUGGAGGCCACUGUGUUCUUGGGGACCUUCAAUGCUGCAGACAUUUUUUGGUACCCUUCCCCAGAUCUGUGCCUCGACACAAUCCUGUCUCUGAGCUCUAUGGACAAUUCCUUCGACCUCAUGGCUUGGUUUUUGCUCGGACAUGCACUGUCAACUGUAGGACCUUAUAUAGACAGGUGUGUGCCUUUCCAAAUCAUGCCCAAUUAAUUGAAUUUACUACAGGUGGACUCCAAUCAAGUUGUAGAAACAUCUCAAGGAUGAUCAAUGGAAACAGGAUGCACCUGAGCUCAAUUUCAUGUGUCAUAGCAAAGGGUCUGAAUACUUAUGUAAAUGUUAUAUUUCAGUUUUUUAUUUUUAAUAAAUGUGCAAACAUUUCUAAAAACCUGUUUUUGCUUUGUCAUUAUGGGGUAUUGUGUGUAGAUUGAUGGGGGGAAAAAACAAUUUAAUUCAUUUUAGAAUAAGGCUGUAACAUAACAAAAUGUGGAAAAAGUCAAGGGGUCUGAAUACUUUCCGAAUGCACUGUAUUUAAACACUCAAACACAAAUUCAGCAAAUUCAGCGCUUAUCGGGACCUAAGAUUCACCUUGUUGCAGUGCAGCAGGGAUGGGCUAUCUUAAAAUCUAUCUUAAGUCUCAUAUGUUUGAUUUAUAAACAUAUAUUUUAGCCUUAACAAGCAACCGUUAAGGAGGCGUGAGUAGUGGAAUAUAUUUGGACAUUCGUCAUGUCAUCUACAAUAACAUUAUGUCAAAUAAAUCUAAGAUGUGUUAUUCUGUAUUCUAGCUGUAUCCUAGCUAUGGAGAUAUAGUACUACUGUUGUUUAAACAAAUAGAGCACCAUUCCUGUCAGGGAAGAGAGAUAAAGGAGACUAUCUCAGAGAGGCUCAUAGUCCUGCAGUGAGGUAAGUGUGUGUUUUAGAGAGGGGCCAUGCAUUGGGCAUGGCACUAAUGUAACACAUGGAGGAACGCAUGAUGUCAUCCUUAACCUCAAAGCUUCCAGGGAGUGGGCUUUUAGGGAGUUAUCUCCAGGCUGUGGAGAGUUACUUUCCCAUGGGACCUGGCUGGUGGACCCUCUCACACACUGACCUGAGGGGAUCCUAUUUAUUCCUCUCCUCUUCUUCUUCUUCCCUUCUUUCUCCCUCUCCUCCAAGACCUGUUUGUGCUCUUAGACCUGAUUGGAGGCCCUAGCCCUCGCUUUGGCAACCAGUUCCCCAACACUGCCUGGUGGCUCACCAGAAUGCAGAACAUUGGUGAGAGCUCACACUCUCUGAUCUCUGUCAUUCUAUCAGCCAAUGUCUGUAUGUCUAUCUGUCUGUCUGUCUGUCUGUCUGUUUGUCUGUCAUUCUAUCAAUCUCUAUCUGUCUGUCGUUCUAUCAGCCAAUAUCUGUAUGUCUAUCUGUCUGUCUGUCUGUCUGUCUGUCUGUCUGUCUGUCUGUCUGUCUGUCUGUCUGUCUCUCUUUCUCCCUCUCCCUCUCUCUCUCUCUCUCUCUCUCUCUCUCUUACUCUGUAAUUAGCUAAGCCCUGUGUUGAAUGUUCCCUCUCUUUUCAGAGUGUCGUUUGCAUCACAUGGGCCAGCUGAAGGACCAUCCAAAUGACAUUACAUUACUUCUGGCACGGUAUGCCUGUGGGUCCGGUGCAGGAUGACCACAUGCCAUUCCUAAACAGAGGUAAACACACAGCACACUGGUUCUGACACAGGCUUGGCUGUGUUCUGUAGGGUACUAAUGACCUUUGUAUUCUUUAUUAAUUAAUUAAUAUUAUUAUUCUGAUUUCAUCUCAGGUGUGCGCAUCCUCCAUCUCAUCCCCACCCCCUUCCCCUCAAUGUGGCACACGUUUGAUGACAACGAGCAGAACCUGGACCGCUCCACCAUCGAGAACCUCAAAAAGAUCCUGCAGGUGUUCAUGCUGGAGUACCUCAACAUGAAGCCUCAAUCCCUGAACCCCCAAAACACACACUAA